ACAAGUUAGCAGUUCAGGUGACUACAGCUCAGCACCGAAGGACUUUACAAAGCACUGUCCUAUCUGAUAGGAAAAAGCACUGGACACAGGGCACAGGACAUUGCAGGUGAAAUGCAAAGAACAUAACAGAACAGGGAAUGACUGAGACCUGUAAACUGGUCACUCACAAUAGCUGGUUUCUACAAUUUAGAGAAAACCUCUACAGUUUCACAUGGUUGCUCCAGAUAACUCCCAAAAAACAGAGAAUAUGGAAAAAAAAGCAUUAGAAACCGUAAUUAGUGCUGGAGUGUCCACCCAACCAAACAUAAGUUUAGCUGAGGCCAAUUUGACCAUGUCUUCAGAUGAACCUUCAUCACCUGCACCCAGACUUCCAAGACGAAGUGCUUCAGGCAAAGCACAUCCUCAAACUUCUGGAAAGUUGGAGACACCAGACCUUCAAAAGAAGUCAAAGACAGCUGGCUUUUGUGAUGUUGAUUUGACGAUGGAACCUGAACCAAAGGGUCUAGAAGAUGUAAAAAAUACAGAUUCAAUUCAGAUGGAAUGUGAGCUUGAACCUCAGAAGAAAAGCAAACAUUUUACAAAUGGUUUUGCAGACAGUACAAAAGAACUCAUACUUUGUGACAACGAACAACACAAAACUGGGCAUGGUGGCCAAGUAAUGCAACUGGUGAAUCUCAAGAACACCAGUGAUGAACACUGCAGGAAAAAUGGUGGCACUUGCCUUUGCCAAGAAUGUGUACAAAACUAUUGUGCUAAUAACGUCCAACAACCAGAGAAGGAAGAGGGUGAACAGGCUGUGGACUUAUCGUGUACAGACAAUAACUCUUUGAAGUCUAACAUGGACAGGAGUAGAAGUGGCUCAGAGAGGUCACAGUGCGCUAACUCAUCAGAAGGAGAAAAUAUGAGUAGCAAGUAUGAAGACACCCAGGUAACUUUGCUCUAUCCUGAUAAGAGCAAGCCGCCGGACAGUAUCACAAGACUGAGCAAUGCAGGACUCUACGAGCCUAGUGAAGACCAAACAAAAAUGAGUAAGACAAAGAACUGUGAAGAAAAGAAAGAUGUUGGUCCACAAACUGUGUACCCUAAUGUCUGUGUCCAACGUCAGUGUUCAGAGAACAACACUAAGCAGUUCCACUGUGUAAAGGUGGAUGUUGACAAAGGAGAACAUGAGCAAGUGCCAUUACUGGAAUCCCACCAAUCUACAGUGGAAACUAUUUACAAUGGACAAGAUUGUUUCAAGUGCAAGAGCAGCUGUGUGAAAAUUGUGAUGUCCUUCCUUUUCUCCGUUCUUAUUUUCCCAGCUUUCCUGUAUGUGACAUACCGUUGGCUGCCUUUUGAUGCCCCAAAGAUGCCAGACAUUCCCACAAGGCUCGUCUACACUUUGCGGUGUGGAGCUUUUGCCUCUUUUCCCAUUGUUUUGGGUGUUAUGAUCCAUGGAAUAUCUCGCACCUGCGUCUCCUCCUUUGAUCCAUUUAAACCACAAGAGAGGGAAGUGAAAAUUCACAGACGUUUUGUGAAGCAGAGCACCUUUCUGUUUGUUCUAUACUUCUUUAACCUGUCUGUCUUGGCCACGUAUCUGCCUCAGGAUUAUCUGAAGUGUAUUCCACUCCUGACUGGCCUCUUUGCUCUGUCUCAGCUGAUUUACUGGUUGUCCUUCGCGGUGGGAAGAUCGUUCCGGGGUUUUGGAUACGGCAUGACCUUUUUGCCUAUGCUGGUAAUGAUGCUGUGUAACCUAUACUUCAUGUUCAUUGUGGAGCCAGAGAAAAUGCUUUUCUACGGGGCACCAAAGGAGUCCACCAAAACUGGACAAAAUAAGUGAACUUGGCCAGAGAAAAACCUCCUAGUUUAAUUUUGGAAUGCGUAACACUUGUUAAAUUACCUAUGAUAACUGAGCUAGCCAUUUAAAACUCUUCUCUCAUGCCACAAUCAGACACGUGCAUUUCAAGCUGUGAUUGGUUGAGGAGCAUCAUGAAGACUUGCCUUCCAUCUUUGUUAUUGGAAUUUCCCAUUCCCCCAACAAGCUGGUUAUCCUAUGUAUAUAAUCGUGCAAUCUGUUAACUCUGUCUCUGCCCCAUGGAAUUAGCCACACUGGAAAAUCUGGAAAUAAAAGUACAGAAAUCACAGCGUUACAUCCUUCCCCAAACCAGGUAUUUGUACAAAUUAUUUAUAGUAUAAGGCAGAGCGAGAUCUUUUCUGUGAUUAAAGCCUCUUUUCUUUGUACAAAAAAGUGAGAUGUUUAUGUUGUAAAUAAAAUUAUGUUUAUCUCUGAAA